AUGGACUCCCCAAGGAAACCCCCCCCCCAGGGAGGGGAACACCCCGCAGAGCAAGAAAAUAAAAUUCUACCGAUGGACGAAAAUGAAUACAAAAUUGUAAGUCAAAGGAAGAAGAAGAAAAAAAAAAAAAAAAAAAGCGAUGACGAGCAGGCCAUCCAAAAGUAUGAAGAAGAAAAAAUCGCUAUAUUUGAGAACAACGAAAUUGUUGAAUAUGAAGCGAGAAAUUUCAGGACAGGUAACAACAAUCACAUUGUAUUGUUGGAGGAGGAUUAUUUAAAUGUGUUGGAGUUUUUAAUUGAAAAAAAGUUUUUUCCCGACUUAUAUAAAUAUAAAAAUGAUGGAGACAUUUCGGAGAAGUUUCAAAAGAAUGUCCAUGAUUUUACUCCAAGUGGGAAAAGUACCAUGAUGAAUUAUGAAGGAUACUCACCUGAGGAAGGCAGAUAUAUGGAUCUAAAUCAAGGGGGGAGAAGAAGUCGUACCCAAAUGGGUAGUGGUAGAUUCCCCAGUGGUGAUUUCGAUAGAGGUUAUUAUUCCAACCAGGAGGAAGAUAAUCCUCUUGAAAUGUUAUACCCAACGGAUAACAUCAGCGAGAGGAAUGUAGACCGAUCCGAGGAUGGAUGGAAUGAUCAGGCACUGUGUGUGCAAGAAAAAAAGUACAAAUUAGUAACCCUGGCGAACGGAAAAAAACACAAAAUUAACCUGAACAUGAAUUUGAGGGAAUUCCAAAGGAAGUACACCUCGGAGGAUAACAAAUCAUUUGAAUACCUUCUAAGGAGCAUGAAAAAUAAAAAUGUUGAUAAGAACAUGUACUCGCUGAUGAAGAGGAAAGAACACAAUAAAAAAGUAGACUAUAUAGAGGAGUGUACAAGGAAAGGAAUAAAUUGCUAUCAAGUGAAUACCAAUAAAUCGGAAAAUGAAUUAAGCAGUAUGAUGUUCUCCUCCAAUUUAAAAGUUAGCUUAAUGGAUAGCGCAGCAGAAAGUAAGGUACAGAUAUGUCAUGACAAUACAAGAUUUUCACAGGAAUAUAAUGAGGACAUGAAGAGACAGAUAAAGCAAUGUGCUCAAAAUAGGCAAUUGAAAAUGAUGGAAAAAAUGAAAGAAGAGAAAGAGGAACAGAUGGUCCAAGAGGGAAAGUUCAAUUUACUCCCAGGGAAUAACACCUAUGAGUAUAUAAGUACUCCAGUUAUACUGGCGGGGAAGGGUGUUGAUAAGAAUCCAAUAAUAACAUGGGGGAUAAUCGCUAGCAGCCCGAAGUUGGUGGAAAGUGACGAUGACUACAAUAUGGAUAGCAGCAGUGAUGAGGAAUCCGAUAAUGUACGUCAUAGCAUCCGGGGGAGAAGAGACAUCGGACAGGAAAAGGACGAGACCGAUUUCAAUCCCAUGGAGGAAUUCAGUCUACAACAAAUUAACGAACGUGAACGAAUUGCGGAAAAGCUGCAAAAUAAUAUGAAAGACAUUAAAUAUAACAAAGAAGCAUUAAAGAGAAAAAACCUGAGCUUGUUGAUACAUCGAAAUUGUAGCUCCCGCAUGUCAACCACAUCGUAUAGGAAUUCAGUUUUGUCCAACUACAGCCGGAAGAGACUCAGCGAAUUGGCCAUGAAAUCGUCCCUGGCGUCGAAAAUUUUGAAAAAGAAGAGGUGA